AUGUUAUUGGCUUAGUGGUGGAGACCCAUCCAAUUCAAAUCAAAAAUGUGAAAGGUGGCCCAACCCAAAUGAUUAAUUUCACUCUUAUGGAUUUGGAUGGACUUACCAUGACAUGUACUGUUUGGGGAUCAUAUGUGGAUCAAUUUAUUGCUUUCGUGAAUUAUUAUGUGGAAGCCAAUGAUCCGUUUGUCUUGAUCAUGCAAAUGUGUCGUGCAAAACCGUGGAAUGGUGAAGUUCAAGUCACAACUUCAAAGGAUGUCACACAUUUAAUUGGUGUUCACGAUAUUGCAGAAGUUCAAGAUUUUCUGGAAAAGAUGUCAACUACCAAACUCAAAAGCGUUAAGCUUAGGUCGAAUAGCUCUUUAGUUGUUAAGAGUGAAUUUCAAGGACUUGAGGAUGGGGAUGUCAUAGUUAGCUCGGUUGAUUCUCUCCACGAGACUGAAGAGGCUAUGGAUACUUGGGUUUGUGCCUCAAUCGACUCUAUUAUUGAUAAUUGGUGGUACCUUGCGUGUAAAAGGUGCAAUAGCAAGAUGAAUUGUGAAGAUGGUGAUAUGCAUUGCACCAAGUGCACCAAUACACGUGGCACUGCACGGUACAAGAUUCAAUUUGGCGUCCAUGAUUGUACUGCAAGUGGAGUUUUCCUAUGUUGGGAUAGAGAGUGUGAAAGGAUGAUUGGAAAGUCUUGUGAGAUUUUAAAACGUGAAGUUUCUUUGUUGAAGAAUAAAGCUGCUUUUGACCUUCCGGAUGAUUUAGAGGACUUGGUUGGGAGAACCUUCCUGUUCAAGGUUCGAAUCAAGGCCAAUGAUACGUUUUCAGCUGCGUACUCUGUGUUAAGGGUAAUUGUUGAUUCAAAUUUGGUUUCCAAGUACAACCAUUGGGUUGUAGAGAAUGAUGAGUCCGAUUUUUUGACCCUUCUACAAAGGGAGGAAGCUACUAAG